AAUGACGAAACAUUAGUAGCCCAUAGUCCCCAGAAACAGUUGUUCGCAAGAUGGCGCCUUUGGAUUUAGACAAAUAUGUUGAAAUUGCUAAACAGUGCAAGUAUCUACCAGAAAAUGAUUUAAAAAGAUUAUGCGAUUAUGUAUGUGACUUGCUGUUGGAGGAAUCCAAUGUUCAGCCGGUAUCUACACCAGUUACAGUAUGUGGAGAUAUCCAUGGACAGUUUUAUGAUUUAGGUGAACUUUUCAGAACAGGAGGCCAGGUUCCUGACACAAACUACAUCUUUAUGGGCGAUUUUGUAGACAGAGGAUAUUACAGUCUUGAGACUUUCACCUAUUUGCUUGCACUGAAGGCAAAGUGGCCUGACCGUAUCACACUUCUAAGAGGAAAUCAUGAAAGCAGGCAAAUUACACAGGUCUAUGGAUUUUAUGAUGAAUGCCAGACAAAGUAUGGAAAUGCCAAUGCUUGGCGGUAUUGUACUAAAGUCUUUGAUAUGCUCACAGUCGCAGCUUUGAUUGAUGAGCAGAUUCUUUGUGUACACGGUGGGCUUUCUCCAGAUAUAAAAACACUGGAUCAAAUUCGAACCAUUGAGAGGAAUCAGGAAAUACCACACAAGGGUGCAUUUUGUGACUUGGUAUGGUCUGAUCCUGAAGAUGUUGAUACCUGGGCAAUUAGUCCAAGAGGAGCAGGUUGGCUGUUUGGAGCCAAAGUCACUAAUGAGUUUGUUCACAUCAACAAUUUGAAACUCAUCUGCAGAGCACAUCAGCUGGUGCAUGAAGGCUACAAGUUUAUGUUUGAUGAAAAACUAGUAACAGUAUGGUCUGCUCCAAACUACUGCUACAGAUGUGGAAAUAUAGCUUCAAUUAUGGUCUUCAAGGAUGUAAAUACAAGAGAACCAAAGUUAUUUCGGGCAGUGCCAGACUCAGAACGGGUUAUACCACCCAGAACAACAACACCAUAUUUUCUUUAACAUCUUACCCCCUGCCCUGUAAUUUCCCCUUUAAAUUUUUUUAUUGAAGACUUCACUGCUGAAAGCGUUAUCAUUGCUUACCUUGUUAAUGUUUUAAACUGGCAAAGUAUUUAUUAUGUCCAGGUUGAGGUCAUUAGGAUACAGACUGCUUUAUAAUGUGGUUCGAAUGUUUCUAAACUGGAAUUACUCACAGUAUGUCAGUUACGUAAUCUGAUAUGAGCCUGUUUAAAUAAAAGAAUGAACAGGUAUCUCAUUAAAAAACAAACUUCCAAACAGCCAGUUGUGCAGAAAUUCAUUUUUAAUUUAGGUAAGUUUUGAAAUGUUGUCAGCAGCAAGGUUGAUGUGUGGUUAAAAUAACUUCAGACUUGAGUAGCUUUUAAAAUGAAUGACAGAGUGUUUUUUUUUAUUUUUACAUGGUCAAUAUGUGGGGAAAAGUUAUCCAUUUCAAGAAUUAAGAAAUAUGUAUAUUGAAGUAUUUGUACUGAUCUGUUUACAAAUUUAUUGUAUUUUAAUAUAGAAGUAUCAUAAAUGUAGCCCACAUAGAUUAAUAGCUGUGAACUAUAAUGGACUUUGAGAAUAUUUUGCUCUAAGUCAGUUGCAGUUGAAAACAAUUUUGAUUCUUGAAAGAGUAUAGCUUCAGUCAGUGCUGAAAAUUUUUCAAGGUAUUUAAUAAAUAUGUAAAUAAAAUAUGGGAGCUUACGCUAAGCAGAACUUAAUUUUUUUAGCACUUGGCAAUAGAAACCUAAUCCACAGGUAAGCACUUUAAGCUUGUAUUCAGUGUUGGCAUGACAUUGUCUGGAAACUUCAUUCAGUCACAUUUACUGUACAUCUGCACCAAUUGUAACAUGUCUAUAUACUGGAAAUUGUGUGGUUCAGGAUUUAACAUCGUCUGAUCUGUAUUGUAACAGAUUUGUUUUGUAGAAAAGAAAGCAAAUUAAAUCCUCCUUUUCAUAAAUUGAUCUGAAUGUUUCUUACAUGUAUAAUGAAACAUAGGCAGCUGCAGAGAUUUUGGGGCACCAGUUUUGUUUUCUUUUUGUCAAAAAAAGUUGAUUUUACAUGUAAUGUAGUUAUUGAAGGUCUUUUAAAGGUGUUACCAGAAAUUUGCACAUUUGCAUUUUGUUGUGGAAAAUAGGACACAACUUUUUGCUUCAAGACAUUUCCCAGAUGUGUCACUUAAACAUUGCUUCACUAAUUUACUUGUAUUAUAGAAUUAAAACCUUCAAAAUAG